UCUUCUUUAACCCCUCCCCCCUCUCGCCGCGCGCGCCGCCGCGGCCGCGCGGGGCGCAAAGUCUGCGAGGAGCACGAGGCCGCGCAGAGUAUUCUAGAGAAAGUCGCCGCCCCACUUGGCCCACGCGAUCGUUGCAGAGGUUGAUCACUCGAGGUCGAGGGCGAUCGAUGAUGGAGCAGGAGGACGCGAGGAGGAAGAUGGCGGCGGCGGCGGGGGAGCGGGGGCAGGUGGUGGUGCUGGAGUGCGUGGCGGGGAGCUCCAAGGCGGAGGAGUGGGGCGGCGGCGGAGGGGUGGUGCAGGAAGGGGACGUGGUGGAGGCGGUCCGGGUGGGGCGCGGCGGCGGCCCCGGCCCCGGCGCCGCGGUGCUGGAGGCGCCGUUCAAGGGGGGGCGCGCCGCGCUGCACAAGGCGAUGCACGCCGCGUUCAAGCGCGGGGACACCUCCGUCGAGGUGCGCGUCCGCGGAGGCAGCGAGCUGCAGGCCUGCAUCCUCCCUCACUCCGGCGGCGGCGGCGGCGGCGGAGGCGGUGGCGGAGGCGGAGGAGGAGGCGGCGGCGGAGGUGGGAAUAAGCAGUACGUGCUGCGUUCCCUGCACGACCCCAACUACGUUCUUGGCUUCGUCGACCGCCUCGAAAGCGAGUGCCUCUUGUUGCAAGGCACUAGGAGCACAAGAGUGGCAUCAGCCCUGAGCAGGGCACAACUUCAGGAUGGUUAUGUUGCAUACCCAUGGGAGAAGAAGAUGCGUGACUCGUUGCGCAUGCCCAACUCCAGCAGCUACCUCUCGAUGCUCGUCCUCCCCAAAGCUCUGGACCUGAAUUCAUGUCGAUACGAGUCCUUUGAGGACACCCUUGCCCGUGCCAACGCGUGGAUCUACUCCUCGCAGGUCUCAGGAAUCCCCAUCGAGUUCAUGAAUGUGCAGAGUGAGGCUCUUCUCACCAAGAUAUCUGGAGAGACAGCGUCUGCAACUGUUAACUCAGGUUCUUUGUCUGAUCUGUCUAACGUCACGAAUGCGACCCUGUAUGGUUUUGAGGAUUACCAUGGGGUAGAUAUUGGGGUGGUGAAAGCAGCCCGACUUUGGUACAGCUCCAUAGCAGAAGAGAUGCCGCUGGAGAUUCCACUUGAAGAAGGUGACACGAGGCUAGGAUUCGCCAUCAGCCGUACUGAAGAGGGUUUUAUCUUCAUAUCUUCAGUGGUUGACAAUGACAAGGACAAUGAGGCGCCAUCGACACGGUCAGGGCUCCGCGAUCUGUUCAACCAGGCAAGGGAGGCAUCAAAACUGCUAGUUAUCUCAAGGGUGUCCAAUGAGAAGGUCCUUCCCUGGAUGAUCUCCAGCUCAGGAGCGAUCCGCUGCUUCGACACCAUCUCCCUCAGCCAAAAGCUUUCCUUGCACCGCCUUGCGGUGCGCCCCAUCCAGCUCCACCUGCUCAUGUGGGAGAAACCUAGUGGUCCUGUAGAAAGGAUCAUUCGCUCUCCGAAACUUCCCCCACAAUCUGAGCUACCUCAAGUACCCUGGAAUCUAAUUGAGAGCAUUGAACCUAGAGUAGAUGUUGAUGAGGACUAUGUGGGGGAUUUGUCAUUUCGGAUUGAUGAUCUUUCAGUGGGAACCAGCUGGGUGUGAUCCUUUCAUGCUGCAAGCUUCUAAUGUGCAUAUGUAUGUCUUCAUUUACAUAGUUCUCUUGGGCAGUAUGCUCAGUUUUGUUCCAUUUAAGUGUAGAAGCCUGGCUAGAAAUGUCCAGAGCCUUACUAGGUUUCUGGAUAUACCAAGGGCGAGGCUUUCAUAACAUCUGAAACAUUAUGUUGUGAUGCAAUGUUUUUGUUGAUCAUAGCAUACCAUUGGAGGAAUACAUAAGCAUUUCAAUAAUUAUCUAAGGAUUAUCCCAAUUAUGGGCCUGUUAAGUUACUCCCAAA